CGCCUGAGGUCAGGAAGAGCGGCAUGAUGGAUACAGCUGAUCGCCCCAGAAGGAAGUUUGGAUGGAAGGAGGAGGAGGCUCCUUCGUCGGAACAUUAAGGAGCCUCUUUGUCACGGUGUCACUCAAAUGGAUUCAAGGUGGCUGACACUUUUUGGGGAGAGGGAAAGAAAGGAGCGCUCCCUGGGUGAAUGGCGCCUGAUCAACACAACAGAUCUCUUUCUUAUGUCCUCGGCAGGAGAGCCUCCCGGCUCCUGCACGGCUUAAUUGAGUUAGUGUGUCAGCAGAGGGAACUUUCUAAGGAAGCGGCUUGAGUGGAUUGUUUCUCCUUUGUUUUCUCUUUAUUUCAUUUAAAAUGUUUAGUGAAGAUCCUGCAACAAAGACGAUCCACAAUGAGUUUAUCGUCUAAAUGUGCGCGACUGCAACAGAAUCCUAGUAAAAACCUCUUGUUCCACAAGCAGUUGCAUUUUUCAAUCAAGUUAUGAUUGUAGCAACUAUCGGGGGAUAAUAACCUGGCAAUAACACACAAUAACCAGACAUAAUGUGGAGAUGGUUUAGUUUGUUGUCAUGGUAACCGUGCUGGUAACAAUUAGCGUCCAUACAUCAUACAAGUAACUUUAGUGCCAAAAAAGUGUAUGAGCUGUGGCGUUUCCUUAAUAACAUCACCUAUGAUUGGCUCCGCCCAGUCACCUGCGAUUGGCUCCGCCCAGUCACCUGCGAUUGGCUCCUACAACCACAAUCAGGUGGCUUUUAGGUUGAAAAGAUGGAGCUCAUGUCAGCAGCGCGUCCUGGCUCGGAGCAGCUCUUCCUCCGCUGAUGGAACCAUCUGAUAAGAGGUCGUGUUGUGAUGGUUCGGACCUCGCGGUGAUGCAUUGCUCUCCUUUUACGCCCCACAACAAACGGUCUGUCCAAACAAGCGUUUACAGCCGGGACCGGCCCAGAUGUGGGCGACGCUGUUAUAGAGGCUUUGCCGGCGUUUCUUCCGGCCUCGAGUGAAGCCGAGCACUUUGGCCCCCGUUAGAAGGUGAAUGUGAGUUUGCUGCUGCUGCUCUUUACCAUUGACCGCUGUGUGACCGCGGCCCUGACAGCUUUACUGUAUGGAAUAAAACGCAUUGUUGUCUCAUUCAAUAUGUCUCCUCUGAAUGCGCCCGUAAAGGCAUUAGGCUCCUGUGUCUGCGCCUGUUGUUUCCAGCCCGGGUGAACUGGCGUUCAACCGUGCGGCGCUGUAAAAUGCAGAUCGGGUUCACUGACGGGCCUGUUGCUUUUAUGACGCGGUCCUGAGCAGCGUUGUAAACGGUCACUCGACAUUUGUUCUGUCGCUCACGUUCGCCAGGAUGAUGCUGUUUGGGUUCAUCAUAACAGUUGUGACAGUGUGUUUAUGGCCAUAAUUCCAGUUGUGCGCGUCAUUUCUAUGGGCUGUGGUUUGAGCCAGCGUCCGACUGUGGACGUGGCUGCUUUUAACGAAGCUUCGCCUCUGCGCCGCAUCACUUAUCUGCCCUUUGUGUGCGGCUCAGAUGCGGUUUAAGGUUAAAUGCCUUGCCCUUAAACUCAUCCGCUGGGGCCGAGUGUGUGGCAAGGUCAGCGCUCCGCUCGGCCCCGAGCCGACACAAAGGCCGCCUGUCCUCUAAUGAAUGACUUCUCCGCUCCUUGGGCCAGUCAGGGCCCGGCCUCGGCGCCUUCCCAGCACCGCUGCCCUUUCACACGCACCCCCUUGCCUUCAAUUUUGAAAUGAGUUUUAUAACUAGACAGUAAACUUCCAGUGGCUUAAUGAUGAUGACUUCUUCAUCUGCCCAAAUGCUCCUUUUGUCCACCCCUCCUCCGGCGCUCGGACCCUGCCCCCGUCCCCUCUGGUCACACCAGGCCUUAAACCCUGGUUCACCCCACUUUAUAGUCCCACAGAUAAUCCCCUGGAACACACACACACACACACACACACACACACCCUGGGGCUAUUAUCUCCACUGAGCCUUGCUCAGUCUCCUGUUCCCUGUCUUUCUCUCUGUUGCUGCCGACUUCAGCAUUGGCAUUCAGCUGGAAUGUUUGCCUUUGUUGGUGCGGCCCACUGGAAAGCCACGAAUGACCUCAGCUCAUCUGCUAUCCUCACUAGCGCCGAUUUGCACUUCAGGGCUCAGCAGGCAGCCCCGAGGAGGGGGAGGGGGCUUGGAGGGAGCUCGCGGGGCUUUUAUAAGGAAAUUGGAGCUGUGGCCUGCCACCCAGAUAGUAAACAGCAGCGCGAGUCCUCACGCCGCCGGCGUCGCGCGGCCCACGUGGCCCAGGACCAAACGCGGGUUCUGCGGGAACCUUGGUGCGCUGCUUUCUGCCGCUGCUCUCUCUUUCGCCGUCGCGUCCCCACGCCUGAUGCGUUUCUCUCCGUUCGCUGGUUGCAUUGAAUGCGCUGCAGCCCUGGUUCUGCUUCCUCCACAGAGCCGUCAUGUGUUGGGCAGCUGCUGCGUCAGCUCCGUCGGACCUGCGGCUCCUCUGGGAAUACUGCUCACGUGGCCAUUCUCUCCUCAGGUGCCGCUGACAGGGACACUUCCCCCUUUGUCAGGGGCUUUAGCGGGAGCUCAAUGCAGCGGUGAAGGAUGGGCCUGCGGUGGGCGGGCUCCCAUUCAAUCCACACUCUUUUGUUUCUGGCUUUUUGAGGCCAAAGAAAAUGCUGCUUUAAAUGGGCUAUUUAAGACGGGCCCCGUCAAAGUCAGGGCCUGGGCAUAAAUCUCCCUGACAGCUCCUUCCCCUCCUGUUGAACUUGUGGCUGCGCCCUCCUCACGUUCACUGCGUCUACGUGUGUGUCAAAUAUAAUCGGAUGCUCCGCUCGUGAGCCGCUCACCUGCCCCGCGUGACCCCAAUCAGCCGUAGGUGGAGAGAUUUCACAGUCAAACUCAAGCCCGGCGUUUGGACAAAUGUGUGUGAUGGAGAGAAAUGGGCACUAAAGGCGCCGGCCGGACUAAUGAGGGCCCUGAUUGGCUCACGCGGCGCUUUACAGCAGCCCUCACGCUGACUGGACCCUCAUAUAACCAUUGGAGGGAAGGUGAGAAGAGCCGCACACGCCCUGAUUAAAACAACUCGUGACCGUGUCUGUGGUAAUGAACUGGAACCAGUGAAGCAGGAGGACGCUGAUGGAGCGGACGUCAGAUCUGCCUAUUUCUAUUAAUGCAUUUGCAUCGGCCUUGUUGUCGUUUUGGACGGCGUGGAGGUGAAGUCGGGCUUCAGCCGGUGCUGCUGUGCUGAAACGCCGGCGCGUCUCUCCUGCCAGCAAGUAUUCGUGAAAUUACUCAGACCUGCUGUUUGCUCGACAAAUUCUUGAAGCCUUCGCUGGAAAAUAAUUAGCUGCAAAGGAAACAAAUAGAAGCGCCGUAAGAGUUUCCCUUCAGAUCAGUGCGUUUGUGGGAUUGAAACAUGUCCAGCAUAUAAUUAGACCUGGCUGUGGGACAAAUGCUGGUGUUUGCAGGUCAGUGCAUCUCAGCAAAUGGGGCGCGGUAAGAUGCCGCGGGGUCAAACGCGGGCAGGGCUCCAAAAUGCUGCAGCCGACCCGACAUUCCAUUGGCCCCAAUAAAAGGAAAAGGACUUUGGGAGAGGGCCUGUGAUUGAGAGCUCGGGCCCGUCCUCGGACCCGUCCCGCUGCGGAUGCGUGGACACGCUGGGGGUCACGCGUGGCAGCGGCGAGACGUGGGCCCGGGUCUUUGUCCCGGUGCCUCCUGCGCAGCUCUGCAGGCCUCCAAGAGCAUCUGUCACCGCAGGGGGUCAGCAGGGCCAAGACGAAUGAGCCCCCGGUGGAUCCCCCCUCCUGGCAAAUGGCACAGGACAGAGGAGGGCACAGGGACUAAGGGGGAGGGGUCAGUGUGUGAGCGUGUGUGUUUGUGUGUGUGUGUUUGUUUGCGUGAGAGAGAGGGAGAGAGAAGGAGAGAGAGAGAGAGAGAGAGAGGGAGGGAGGUUUGCAGCUGGCUGUGGUGAGGGACAGAGUGGGAUUCUCAUUUCUCUCUAUGAGGGAUCAUGACAAAGGUGACUGAGACUCACCAGAGGAGGAACUGCCUGGAUUUCAACCAAAGCGUCUCCAGAGGAGUUCGCGUCUGACAUGGACUACGUCUGAUCACCGGCCGCUUCUCUUUGGGGAUUUACUCGGCUCUGGGUUCAUUCAGCCGCUGACAGAGGAAUCAUGCAAGGUCUCUCAGCGGCCGGUGAAAUGUGUUUGUCGGCGCCGCAGUGACCCAGCAUGUAGCAGCGGAGCUCCAGUCCCUUCACGCCCGGGAGCAAUCACACAGCAUCAUGGGGAAUUCGUACGCCGGGCAGCUGAAGUCUGCUCGAUUUGAAGAGGCUCUCCAUAAUUCUAUUGAGGCCUCGCUGCGCUCGAGCAGCGGGGAUCCACAGCCCAUCUUCACACAGCUCUACCUAGAGCCAGACCCGUAUCCUGGUACCGUGUCGGACCUGAAGCCGAAGGCCGACCUGCACGGAUCGGACCUGCCGGGCCACAAGCUACUGAACGGAAACGCGUCCAACGAGGAGCUGGAGGACGACGAUGACUCAGACAGCUGCAGCCCCCCGCUGCCCUACCUGCAGGCGCCCGCCCCUGACGGCUGCUGCACGCUGGACGGGUUCUGUCAGGCUGGCAAGGACCUCCGCCUGGUCUCCAUGGCAACGGAGACCAUUGACGUCCCGGCAGGCUUCGAGCUGGUCGGCGCCAAGUCCCCCACCAUCCCCGAGCACGUCCUGGUGUGUGCCGUGGACCGGCGCUUUUUACCCGACGAGAACGGGAAGAACGCACUUCUAGGUUUUUCGGGAAACUGUGUGGGCUGUGGUGAGAAGGGGUUUCGAUACUUCACCGAGUUUUCGAACCACAUCAACUUGAAGCUGUCCACGCAGCCCAAGAAGCAGAAGCACUUAAAGUACUACCUGGUGAAGAAUUCCCAGGGUGCUCUGUGCAAAGGGCCGCUCAUCUGCUGGAAGGACUGCAAAACUCGCCCGUUCACCGGCAGCGCCUCGACCUCCAAACCCAGCUCGUCCUCCUCGCUCAGCAGCAAAGAAAACGGAGGCAGCAACGGACACAGCUCUUCGCCCUUCUCUCUCUCAGAUUCUCCACCGAUCAGAACAACUCAAGCCUCCACCGUCUUCUUCGGGAGUCAGGAUCUCAGCAGAGACUGCAGUUUCCUCAAACCUCUGGCGUCCACGCCGAGCAACAAGACUCUGCCCAUAGUACCGACGGCUCUGCGGGUGAACGGACCCCCUGCUGGUCUGGCUGUUGAUGGGCGCCCUCCCUUACUGAGCCCUUCCCAGGUCUCACUAGGGCCUCAGGGUCCGGGGUACCGCACAGCGGAGUUAGGAGACAGUCCAGUGUCCUCCGCCAUGAAUUCGGGUCCGCCGAAGAAACGCCACCGGAGCUGGCAUCCCACGUCCUUGGUGCCCGUCCCACCAGCAGCUGUCCCCGUCCCUGCCAUCCGCCCCAUCGUCUGCUCCCCAGGUUCUGUAUUAGGAGUGACUUCUCCUCAGCCACCAGUGACAGGAGUCAUUCAGCCGCAGCCUGUGUCGGCCGGAGAGACGGUCGUGAUCCCCAACAACUUGCUCAACACUUCCGGAGUUCGUCCCGUCAUCCUCAUUGGUCACGGCACUUUACCGUAUUUCUACGGGAACGUUGGGGACAUAGUGGUGAGCCCCCUGUUGGUCAGCUGCUAUAAGAGCAGCCAGCUGACGGAGAAAACCCUGGGGACUCUGGGCCUCAGCAGCAGCCAGCUGCUCAGCGUGGAGACCAUGAUCCUGCUCACGUUACAGUAUCUGGCGCGUUUAGGCGCGGAGCAGAUCCCUCUGAGGGAGGAGCUGGAGCAGAUCGUGCUGAAGGCCAUGCUGUGCUGCCCCGGGGGUCCGGCCAUCUCCCCGGCCCAGCUGCCCUGGCUGGCCCGGCUGGAGGCCAGCGUCUCUGGGGGCGGCGUUCAGGUGGUGGUCACCCACGGCUCCCUGGGCGAGGGCAUAUCCGAGUCCCUGCGCUCGCUCAGCGAGGGUCCGCGCCCGCAGCGCUGCCUGCCCACCUACGUGGUCAUCAUCUGCGCCUCCAAGCUGAGCGGCAACGAGUUCUGCGUGCUGGUGUUGGGAAAGUACCAGGCUCGAGCUCUAGCCGAAGGCAUGCUGACGACCAACGAGUUUCUGAAGGAAAUCAGCUACGAGCUCAUCACAGGGAAGGUCAGCGUCUUGGCCUCUCACUUCAAAACCACCUCACUGGGAGACAAUCUGGACAAGCAGCUGGUGCGAUACCAGCGCAGGCGCAAGGGGCAGGUGGUGCAGCCCUUCCAGGGCGACGCGGCCGAGCACAUACACUCGCAGGAAGCUGCCAGUAUGUCGCCGCCCUCAGACAGAGCAGAACUGCUGAGUAAGGUUUUCCAGAUCUACCCGGCCCAGCUGAGCGUGGCUCGCAGCCUCCUCUCCCAGGUCUGCUCCAUCGCAGACUCGGGGACGCAGAACCUCGACUUGGGCCGCUUCAGUAAAGUGGACUUUCUGGUCCUGGUUCCCCCCUCCCACAUUCUGGUUCACCAGACAGCUCAGCGCAUCCGACAAUCAGGAGUGCUUGUGGACCUUGGAAUUGAAGACAUCUCCUCAGUCUACCAGAAAUCAGACAAAUAUGUGGCGCGUCUGGACGCUGAUGUUCACAUCAAGAUGGAGGCCUUCAUGAGGAAAGUCAAGCAGAACCCGUACACCUUGUUUGUCCUCAUCCACGACAACUCGCACGUCGACCUCACAAGCGCCCUGUCCGGCUCCGUGUGCCAUGGGGAGCUGCAGGGUUUGGCCGACCGCGUGGUGAACUGUCAGGAGGUCCUGAAUGCCAUGAACCUGCUAGUGCUGCAGGUCAGCUGCUUCCCAUACACUCUGCAGACCCGACAAUCCCGCAUCAGCAUCCACAACGAGGUUCACUGGCCCUGCAGCGAAAGCCAGCAGAGGGAGCCGUCUCCCAGCGAGCUGCUUUACUUCGGCCUCAGGGACUACAGCAGCUCCCUGCAGUGGGGCGUGGCCAGCCCCAUCCUGCGCUGCGACGACGCCUUCGAGAAGAUGGUGCACACGCUGCUGGAAAGACAUCCACACCUGCACAGCAUGGUGAUCCGCAGCUACCUGCUGAUCCAGCAGUACACCGAGGCCAUGAUGGCCCUGACCUCGUCCCCGUCUCUGAGGGACCACAUCACGCCCGAGACGCUGGCGAUGGUGGAGGACCUGAUCAACGCCCCCAGCAGGGAGGGCUCCCAGGGCCGGGGCCACAUGCUGCUGGUGCGCGUCCCCUCGCUGCAGCUGGCCAUGCUGGCCCGCGAGCGGCUGGAGGACGUGAGGGACAAGCUGGGGCUCCAGCUGUGCUUCGCCGUGCUGCUGGGAAGUCCCGCCUCUGAACUCAACCUGCCCAAAAACUUCACCAACCGCCUCCGGGCGUGGAGAGGCUGCGAGAGCGACGACUGGGUGCCUCACACCUACGAGGACCUGGAGGGGCUGCCCUGCAUCGUCAUCCUCACAGGGAAGGACCCUCUGGGAGAAACUUUCCCCAGAUCUCUGAAAUACAGUGACCUUCGCCUGAUAGACUCCAGCUACCUAACGCGCACGGCUCUGGAGCAGGAGGUGGGUCUGGCCUGCACCUACGUGUCGGUGGGCGUGGUCAAGGAGCCCGAGAAGGCGGCGGCCACGCAGGAGUCCGACGGCGACAAGGCCGCCUCCAGCUUGAACGACGGGGACGAGCUGGAAAGGCCUCAGAGCAACGGCAGCGCCGCAACCAGAACCUCCGGUUCUCUGGCUGAGAACGGCGUCAGUUCGUCCGACAUCGCCGCCUGCCCACCCGAAGGCGUCAUCAGCAUGGACGUGGGCACCGAAACGCAGGUGUUCAAGCAGGAGUGCGACUCCCUGGGGAGUCAGCUCUGCUCCAAAGCCUCCAAGACCCCCCCCUCCUUCUACUCCAGCUCCGCCUCCUCCUCCCCAUCCCCAUCGUCCUCCUCCACCCAGAGGCCCAGCCAGUCCACGCAGUGCGGCCGGGACCCCAAGCCCACCCGCGUGUCCCCGCGCACCGUCAUCAUGUCCCGCGCGGCGUACAACCUGCUGGCGGGCGAGUCUGGGAGCCAGCUGAGCUCCUUCUCCCUGCUGCCUCAUGCCGAUGUGGCCUGGAGCAGCCCUCUCAGGCCUCUGCUCACGCCCAGCAUCCAGGGGGCGGAGCAGAGCAUGUACUACCGCCAGUGGACCAUCGCCAGGCAGCACCACGCUGAUUACGAAGCUCCGGCUGCACCGCAUCCGAGACGGCUGUUACUCGGCGGACCCCCACAGGUCGGGAAGACAGGCGCCUACCUGCAGUUCCUCCGAAUUUUGUUUCGGAUGCUCAUAAGGCUGCUGGAAGUAGACGUGUAUGACGAAGAGGAGGACGAGGAUGAAGAAACAUCAGAGGUCACAACUCCAGUGAUUACCCAGUGGCCUGACAUUGAGGAAGUGCGCAAGCUGCCCUUUGACCCCUGCCCCCGAGACCCUAAGUUCAGGAGGGCCAGCCCUGUUUACUCUGACAAGAUGCCAAAGAGCUUGAAAGAUUUUAAGCGAGAAGAAGACGGACAAACAGUCAAACGGGAGACGAAGUCCAUACGCCUCAGUAGGUUUGCUACCCACAAUGCCUUUCACCACUGUGAGCUAUGUCACCAGUACUGUGAAGCAGGCCCUGCCGCACAGCUGCCUGAGUGCACGGUCCACGCCUUCACCUUCUGCUCCUCCAUGCUCGGGGAGGAGGUCCAGCUCCAGUUCGUUAUUCCUAAAGCUAAAGAGCAGCAUUUUGUCUUCAGCCAGCAGGGCAGCCACCUGGAGAGCAUGCGCCUGCCGCUGGUCUCCACCAAGGACUCGGAUCUGCUGAAGAGUCCCAUCUUCACCCCGACCACAGGACGCCAAGAGCACGGCCUGCUCAACAUCUUCCACGCCAUGGAGGGCGCCGCUCAUCUGCACAUCCUGGUGGUGAAGCAGUUCGAGAUGCCCCUCUACAGGAAGUACUGGCCCAACCACAUCCUGCUCGUGCUCCCGGCCAUGUUCAACAACGCUGGCGUUGGUGCCGCUCGCUUCAUGAUCAAAGAGUUGUCAUAUCAUAACCUGGAGCUGGAGCGCAACCGGCUGGAGGAGCAGGGUGUCAAAAGGCAGGACGUGUGGCCGUUCAUCGUCAUGAUGGACGACUCCUGCGUCAUGUGGAGCUCCCAGCAGCCAGGAGACGCCAGCGAGCUGGCGGAUGGUUCGGUCCACAGCAGCGUGUCCCUGAAGACCGUCCUCCAGCACAUGGAGACCACGCCCAAGAUCUCCAUGUACGCCAUGUGCGGCAUUCGCAAGUGGAGCAGCGGCCUCGCCGGCCGGCGCCCCGGCAGCCCCUUCAGACGCUGCCACCUGCACGACUUCGUCAUGCUCAACGUGGACCUGCUGCAGAACGUGCAGUACGACCUGAACCGGUACAGCUGCGAGGAGGUGGACUUCAACCUGAGGGUGAACAGCAGCGGGCUGCUGCUUUGUCGUUUCAACUCCUUCAGCCUGAUGAAGAAGCACAUUCCAACGGGGGGAAACAACGACUUCCUGGUCAAACCCAAACUGGUGGAAAUGGAAAACCCCACUCCCAUCAGCCCGGCCCAGUACGUGUGUGCCCCGGACAGCGAGCAGACCCUCCUGGACGCGCCGGCCCAGUUCCUGCUGGAAAGGUUCCUUCAGAGCUGCAGUCACAGGCUUUUCCCAAAGGCGGUUCAGAACAAAGAGAACCCAGUUCUGUCCAUCGACAGCUACCUCAACAUCAGCCCCGAGAUUUCCGUUUGCUACAUCAACUCUCGCCCACACUCCACCAACCUGAGCCAUCAGGGCCUGGUGUUCAGUGGCCUGCUGCUUUACCUCUGUGACUCCUUCGUCGUCUCCGGACUCCUGAAGAGGUUCCGCUUCCUGAAAGGUGCCACGCUCUGUGUGAUCUGCCAGGACCGAAGCUCCCUCCGCCAGACCAUCGUCCGCCUGGAGCUGGAGGACCAGUGGCAGUUCCGGCUGCGGGACGAGUUCCAGACGGCCAACUGCAGCGAGGACCGGCCGCUCUACUUCCUGACCGGCCGCCAUGUUUGAGGCUGCGACUGGAGCCCAGAUCAGGAACGAGGGUGGAUCUGUCCGCUGCCCUAGUCGGGACACAUUCCUGGAGCUAAGUGGACCCAUCCAGUCUCUAGUGCACUAUGACUGGCUCUAACCCGCAGCUUGGCUCGUCUCCACUACUGAAAAACACUGGGUUUUAUUUGUUUCGUCGCAUGAACCCUCUGCGGCCGUUAAUGCGACCAUUUGAAGAUUGUACGAGUUCAUGGACUUUGACUGCAGCGUGUCCCUUAAUGGACCUAUGUCUUUAUCUCAGGGUUUUCAGGGAGGUCCUUCAAACGGGGGUGAAACGUUCCUUCCUCUUCAACGUUUAGUUUAGAAAUUAACUUAUGUCGGCACCAAAGACGCUCUCGGCUGCACGUUGUCUCUUCUUUUUAGCUUAUCUUGUCGUCAGCUCUCCCACUCAAACUCAGAUCAAGCCACCAAACAUAAGGGAUCCUCUUAUUCUAGCGGUGGAUUGAAACCACGAGAGACUACCUGAGCCUGAACUUUUUGCUUUCGUGUAUUUAUAAUGGCCAUGAUUUACCUGCCAAGAGUUUGUAACAAGUUCACAACUCAUCUGCUGAUGAGUUGACAAAUGUAUAAUUUGCAUUAGGUCAUUUACUAAUUUAAACAAUCAGUAUUCCAAGCAUGAUCACUUUACGCCAGUGAACGCAACAUACAUUAACGAGAAAAGCUUAUUACCUGCUCCUGAAAGUGCCGCCAUGCACAGAGAGGAGCCCUAAAAGCAGCCGCCCUCGUCAGUUCGUAUACUUGAAAGCAGAGCAUCUUCAUAUGUUCCUUCACAGGGUGAUUCAUGUUUAAUACAGUCCCGCAAAGAUCAACAGGAAGAAAGAAUCCAUUCAGCCGUGAGGCGAAGUGUUGCUUAGCUGAGUAAAUUUGUGGACUACUGUACUGUUUAAAGCUUUGUUUACAUUAUUAAUAUAUUUUAUUGUCCCCUUAACCACAGGAGGUAACUACUAUUUUUUAGUCUUAUGUAACUGCCAGUAUGUUUUGGUCCUAAUGUCGGGAAGAAUCUACCUAGAUGUGUCCUUAUCAGUAUAUCUGAAGCCCAAAUGUUCUAAUUUUUAUUGAAAAUUAAAACGGGUCCGUGAGGGAUUCUUAUUUAUUUGGACUGAUAAUCAUGUUAGAGUGUAAUAUUUGACUGCAUGCUGCACUGGCUUCCACCAAAACCAUCAAUGAAGGCUUUGCACAAGACCCAAAACGACUCUUUGAUCUAUUGAAUGUCAGUGGGGGUAGGAAAUAUGAACUUGCACUAAAGUUGCCAGCCAAAAAUAGAUAUAUUUCCAUAUAAGCAAACCUAUUUCACUAAGAUUCCUGAACCCCCAGAAUGAGUGCAAAUAUCAGUAUUGUUUUCUCAAACUCCACAGGUCCAAUGAAUGUGUCGUUCUUUUUGAUAAUUUAACACUUAAUAUGCAACUUGCUUUCACAAUCUUCACUGAAAUGUGCUUGGUGACCAUGUGCAGCCCGGCGGGAGCCUUGGUGCCUGGCUGAUCUACCUCAUGUUUACCAUUGUGGUUGUGGGCUGUGAACGUAUGACAUUAAAGUCAUGCUGUUGUUGUUAAAGAUUUAUGAAUGUAAUAAAAUCACUUCUAAAUUUG